CAGAGGCUCGUGGUCGUUCGCGGGAAACGUCCGGGACCUGAACCGAGCCGACCCAGUCGAACCAGCAGAACCCGGACCCGGAACCGGUACCGGUACCAGUACCAGUACCAGAACCCGGACCAGAACCAGAACCCGGUACCGGACCUGUAACCAGAACCGGAACCAGAACCAGGACCAGGACCAUGGCGGAGCGGCCGGAGGACCUGAACCUUCCGAACGCAGUGAUUAGUAGAAUCAUCAAGGAGGCGCUGCCAGACGGGGUGAAUGUUUCUAAGGAAGCCCGCAGAGCCAUCUCUCAGGCCGCCAGCGUGUUCGUGCUGUACGCUACUUCCUGCGCCAACAACUUUGCCAUGAAGGCCAAGAGGAAGACGCUGAACGCGGGAGACGUGUUGGCGGCCAUGGAGGAGAUGGAGUUUGAGAGGUUCCUGCAGCCGCUGAGGGACGCCCUGGAAGUUUACAAGAAGGGCCAGAAGGGGAAGAAGGAAGUGUCGGAGCAGAAACGGAGAGACAGAGAGAAGAAGAGCGACGCUGACGACAACAAGAGCCGGGAGGAAGAGGAGGAGGAGGAGGAAGAGGAGGAAGAGGAGGAGCAACGUAUGGAGGAGGAGCCUGAGGCGGUGGCGGAGGAAGAGGAGGUGGAGAACUGAGGGAGGAAGAGGAGGAAGAGGAGGAGGAGAACUGAGGGAGGAAGAGGGGGAAGACCUGUGACUGACCUCCGCCAGGUCCUGGACCCCCCGGUCUCUCCUGGUCGUCCGUCCUCAACCGUCUCCAUGAAGCUCUGCGUUUGUUUCUGCGUUUGUUUCUGCGUUUGUUUCUGCGUUUGUUUCUACGUUUGUUUCUGCGUUUGUUUCUGCGUUUGUUUCUACGUUUGUUUCUGCGUUUGUUUCUACGAUUGUUUCUGCGUUUGUUUCUGCGUUUGUUUCUACGUUUGUUUCUGCGUUUGUUUCUGCGUUUGUUUCUGCGUUUGUUUCUGCGUUUGUUUCUGCGUUUGUUUCUGCGUUUGUUUCUGCGUUUGUUUCUGCGUUUGUUUCUACGUUUGUUUCUACGUUUGUUUGUGCGUUUGUUUGUGCGUUUGUUUCUGCGUUUGUUUCUACGUUUGUUUCUGCGUUUGUUUCUACGUUUGUUUCUACGUUUGUUUCUACGUUUGUUUCUGCGUUUGUUUCUGCGUUUGUUUCUGCGUUUGUUUCUGCGUUUGUUUCUACGUUUGUUUCUGCGUUUGUUUCUGCGUUUGUUUCUGCGUUUGUUUCUGCGUUUGUUUCUGCGUUUGUUUCUGCGUUUGUUUCUGCGUUUGUUUCUGCGUUUGUUUCUGCGUUUGUUUCUGCGUUUGUUUCUGCGUUUGUUUCUGCGUUUGUUUCUGCGUUUGUUUCUGCGUUUGUUUCUGCGUUUGUUUCUGCGUUUGUUUCUACGUUUGUUUCUGCGUUUGUUUCUACGUUUGUUUCUGCGUUUGUUUCUGCGUUUGUUUCUGCGUUUGUUUCUGCGUUUGUUUCUCAGUCAAAGAAGCUUCAGGAAACGUCAGAAAGCGUUUGUUCUUCAUCUGCCGCCUCGUUUGUACUUUUGUAACUUGUUUAUGAAACUUUAAUAAAUGUUUUGCAGAAA